AUGACACUCAGCUCUAUAAGACAAACCACAAAUAUGAUUGAGGAUGAAAAAUGGGAAAUUAUUAGAGAGACAGUUCUCUCUAUUCUCAACAAGGUGAUGUCUCAAUAUUCAUUUCAGCAGGUACAUCAUUCCGUAUUUCAAAUGUGUCAACAACAAGGUAGUGGACUACUCUUUGACCAUCUUGAGGCGAUUCUUGCAACGCAUGUAAACUCUAUCUGUGACCGAUUGCUCAGUGUAACAAGUGAAAAUUUUUUUAAAAGCCUUAAAACCGAAUGGGAUGAUUUUAGUUCCGCAGUGAAUUUUAUUAGCAAGACCUUAUUAUACCUUAACAACAAUUAUACAUGCCACAGACAAUCAAUUUCACAGAUGGGGGAAAGACUUUUUUGUGAAGUCGUGCUGAGAAAUACCCAGAUAUCUGAAAUGUUUUCCAUUUGUGUUCGAGGAAUUUUCACUUGUGGUCAAACUUCUAAAGAUGUUCUAAAGGAAUUGGCCUCGAGACUUUCUCAAUCAUAUCGACAUAAUAUUUUCGAACCUUACAUAGAGGAUCCCUUCAUUGCUGCUUUGGUAGAUCAGUACCGACAGGAAAUGGGAAUAAAACUAAAUGAGUUGGGCACAAAAAAUUAUCUUGAGUGGGUGGUUGGCGUAAUUGAAGAAUCGAAAACAAAUGUCUCUAAUAUUCUUGGUGAAAGCACAGCCCAGCGUGUUGAAAAGGUUCUGGGAAUAUUGCUGAUAAAAGAAAACACAACGAAGCUUCUUUACAAUGAAGCUGGGGGCGGCUCUUCUAUGUUUAGAGGAAUGGAGACUCAAUCCCUUCAUCUUUUGGCCGAGGCUCUAGGAAAAGUAAAUGAAUCGGAGGCAUUUUUGGAUAUGAUCGUUGGCACAGCGAAAAAAAUGGGAUCAGAAUUAUUAGCCGAUGUGGAUAACGCCUCUCCUAUAUCGGCAGUAGAGAAAAUAUUAAAUUUAAGGGACCGGAUAAAAAAUUUGAUUUUAAAUUUGCCCUUUAUUUCAAAGUCUAAUCAAUCACCGGUAUCCCAAGCGAUUACUGAAAUAAUCAAAGACAGUACUGAAUUUGCUGAAAACCUUGCUUAUUAUUAUGAUGCAAAAGUAAAAUCUAAAAUUUCUGAGGCUGAACUAGAGCGGCUUGUUGCAGAUGUAUUUGGUCUAUUUCGUCUUUUAAAAACGAAAGAGGUUUUUGAUCAUGCGUUUAAAUUAUUGCUUGCAGCAAGGCUGAUCAAUUCCAAACCGGAGGAUCCUCUUUCAAAUGAAACAUUUCUAAUUGAUCAAAUUCGAAAUGAAUGUGGAGAAUCUGUUAAUCAUUUGGAAAUUAUGAUUAAAGACGGAAGAAUGCGAAGGGAAAUGAAUAAAGGAUUUAUUCGUUCUCUUGGGACGGGGAAUAAAUUGCCACAUGAAUUUUACGUUACUGUUAUAACAGCUGGCGUUUGGCCGGAGUACACAGACCUGGCACCUGAUCUUCCAGAGAGUAUGCAAAACUGUAUGCAGCUUUUUUGUUCCUACUACCUGCCUCAUCAUAAUGGCAGAAAACUUUCCUUUAAUACAACUCUGGGUACGGUGUUUUUCACAUUGAACCAUGGUAAAAUAUAUGAAAUUGUUGCACCAACUGCCUUUGCGAGUACAAUUCUUUGUUUUCAAAACAGUGAACAAAACAAUGAGUAUUUAUCAUUGCAAGAAAUAUGUGAUAAGACGAAAUUGAUUGAAAGGGAUGCUUCAUUUCAAUUGGAAUCUCUUUCUCAACUGGGAUUGAUAACUGUUGACCGUGUCGAUGAUGUUUUACGAUAUGCCUUUAAUCAAGCCUUUAAUAAUCCCAGAAGUAAACUUCGUGUACGAACUACAAAUGGAAACAGAAUCCUGGAGAAGAAUAGGGAGACGCGAGCGUAUUGUGAGCCUUUGGGAGACUCAAUAUCAUUCAGUAUUCAGGCGGCCGCAAUUCAAAUAAUCAAGAGCAAAAAAAAGAUUGGACACACUGAAUUCUGUAAUGCUAUCACAAAAUCUCUUCAAACAGCAGGAUUUGUACCGUCAGUGGCUGAUAUUAAAAAAGGUCUAGAAACCCUAAUGAGCAAAGGAUUGAUAUCACGAGGAGGAAAUUCAAAUAUAUAUAUAUAUGAGAGCUAA